CGCGGUCCUUUGAAGCCCUCAAAAUUAGCAUCCAUUCAUGAAUCGAAUCCCCCACUUCUCAUAUUUUCUCUAUAAAAUCCAAACUUCCCUUUCUCAUUCACCUUCCUUUCUUCACUCACAAAUUCUUCUCUCUCAACCAGAUCUAGGGUUUCUGAUCACAACCCAAUUCGUAUUAGGCUUUCGCAAAACCACACCAAUGUUUUCUCCAUUUUUAUGACACUCACCUCCAUGCGUCGAUUUCGUAUGCUUCAUUCAUUCUCAGUUAUCUUCCUCUACUGGUUCUACGUUUUCUCAUGAAUUCCCUUCUCCAAAUCGCUUAAUCUUUUUCUUCUCCUUCGUUUCAUUCUUCGUUUAUCAUUGUCAUUCUGAUUACUACAUUCACAACAAGUUACAUUUCGCCUUAGUUUUUUGUUUUUGUUUGCUAUCAAUGGCUUCGAUUAUGAGUUCGGGAUCGGCAUCGGAAGGCGGAGGAGGAGCAGAUCUGCAUGUUGACAACGAGAGGAAGAGGAAGAGGAUUCUGUCCAACCGCGAAUCCGCUCGGCGAUCACGGAUGCGGAAACAGAAGCAGCUGCAGGAUCUGACUACCGAGAUCACCAAACUGCAGGUGGGGAAUCGGAAGCUGGUGGAGGACAUAGCGGCCAAGGAGAAAGCGUUUGCUGAGGUCGAUGCUGCGAAUGCCGUACUCAGGACACAGACUAUGGAACUGGCUGAUCGGUUGCGAUUCCUCAACUCCAUUCUCGAGAUUGCUCAAGUUAGCGGAUACUCUGUUGAAAUUCCCCAGAUUCCUGAUCCUCUUCUCACACCAUGGCAGGUUCCCCGUCCUACUCAACCCAUCAUGGCCUCUGCAAACGUGUUCCUGCAUUGAUCUCUGUUUGAUUUUCAAUUUUAGCAGAGUCCAAUUAGGGUUUUAUUCGAAUUAUUAGUCUUUUUUUUGGGUUUAGAAUUUGUGUCCAGAUAGUGGUGACUGCGAUGCUUUUGUGUAAGAGAUUUCUGGAACUGUCCCUAUUUUGUGUUAUGUAAGGAUUCUUAAUUAUCAGUGAUUGGGACUUGUUUUGCAAUGAUGAUAUGAGUUAUUAAUCAUUA